AUGAUUUCGCGCAACCUUCUUACUGGGACCGUUGUCCUGCUGGCGGCUAGUUUGGCUAACGCUGGACCCUGCCGCCCUUCGUCAAUUGCUUCCUCGUCUACUGUCAUUACAUCUGUCAGUGAGACUGCGACCAGUUCCUUCGAGGGCGAGGCCGCGAGUUCCACUGCUUCUAUCGAUGCGACCCAGACUGCUACCACCGCGACUGAGUCUGAGUCCGAGAGCGAGACUGGAACCACCUUCAUUGUCGAAACGACUCCCACUGUCUCUUCAGUUGAAACCACCACCACAGCUCUUGUCGAUACCACCACUGCCGCGCCGGUUAUCACCUCUGCUGACACUACCACCGAGGCUACAACCACCACUGCCGCAGCUACCGCCACCAGCGAGGAACCUGAAGCACUCCAAACCAUCUACUUGUACGCCGGCGGCAGCAAUGACCCCGCCCUCGCACCCCUCGGCGGCACAGGCUUCACAGCACUCGGCGACACAUCACUUCCCGACGUAGAAUACAUCGACUUCACUACCGACACCACCUCCGCGCUAUUCUUCACCUUGGGCGAACGCACCGGCAAAGUCAAGAUCGGCAACGGCGCCAACGUGGGAAAGCUCGCCGGGUACUCUACAUCCGGCGACUUCAGCUUGGUGAUUGUUGCCGAGACUACACUUGCCGAGGAAAAUGGCAUUUUGCCUUUAGAUUGUGGGAUCGUUGACGGAAAUGGGUUCCAGAUGCUUCAGUGCCAGUACGGUGAUGAGGGGGUUGCGGACCUUUGGACGUGUGCUGGACACUUGACGCUGGUGAAGCCUGGUGUUGACUUCACCAGCAAGUGUGCCCGUGCUGCUACGGCCUACAAGCUGGGCUACAUUCAGGUCAUCGACUAUUAG